CAAGAAACACUCCAUCACUUGCUAGCUAUCUCUCUCUCACACACAUAUCAAUUAGAUAUGGCUAACAAGAAUGAUGAUCGGUUGAUGAAACUGACAUUGACAAUUCUUGUUGUUAUGUUAGUUGUUGAUAUGAGCAAAGGUGAGUUUCAACGGUUCCAACCCUCAACCAAAGCCGAUGGCACCGUCACUGCUUUGGUCAUUGGAGAUUGGGGGAGAAAAGGCGAAUACAAUCAGUCGCUACUAGCUCGUCAGAUGGGUAUCACUGCAGAAAAGAUAAACAUUGAUUUUAUCAUUUCAACUGGGGACAAUUUUUAUCCUGGUGGAUUAAGAGAUGAAAAUGAUGAAGCCUUUUAUCAAUCAUUUUCUGAUAUCUACACUUCUCCAGCCUUGAACAAGAUGUGGUACACUGUGUUGGGGAAUCAUGACUAUAGAGGUGAUGCCAUGGCUCAAUUGAGUCCCACUCUCAAAGCAAGAGACAAUAGAUGGUUUUGCUUGAAAUCUUUUAUUCUUAAUAUAGAUAUUGUAGAAUUUUUCUUCAUUGACACAACACCAAUGCAAGACAAAUAUUUUACUGAUCCUGAAGAUCAGGUCUAUGACUGGAGAGGAGUCCUUCCUAGAGACAAAUACCUCUCAAAUUUAUUACAGGAUUUGGACGAGGCACUACGAGAGUCGCAUGCAACAUGGAAAAUCGUGGUUGGUCAUCAUACAAUAAAAAGCGCUAGUAUCCAUGGCAACACACAAGAACUUGAACAAAAGGUUCUUCCAAUUCUCGAGGCAAACAAGGUUGAUCUUUACAUAAACGGACACGACCAUUGCUUGCAGCAAAUUUCUAGUUCUAACAGCCCUCUUCAAUUUAUAACAAGUGGGGCAGGAUCGAAGGCGUGGAGGGGUGUGUAUAAUUGGCCCAACCCAAAGGAGAUGGAAUUCUUUUAUGAUGGACAAGGUUUCAUGGGCAUGGAAAUUAAUCAACAUCAAAUUGUUUUAAAUUUCUAUGAUACUUUUGGCAAUGUAUUGCACAAAUGGAGUGCAUCAAAAUCAAUGUUCUCUACCAUUUAGGUUGGUUUGAUAAUAUUUGUAACUUCCCCAUAUCAUGAAUGGUACUCCUUCCGUCCCAUAAAAGAUGGCACACUUUCCUUUUUA